AGCAAAACAGUUGCAAUUUGUUUUUCGACUGUAUAACAACGCGUCUGCUCUCCGAAAUGAAAUGCCUAAUAAAGUAUUCGUUGCACAUAAUUUGUGUGAUUUUGGCAUGCGCACACACCUUAGCUACACCGUUAAUAGCGAAUCGAGAUAAAAAAAUUCCUUCGAAUCCAUCGAAAUCGGAAAUCGAUAUAAUGCGAACAGCAAAGACCAAUUCAAUAUUAAACAAUAUGGAUACGAAAAUUGAUCCAUGUGAUGACUUCUACAAAUUUGCGUGUGGAAAUUGGACCCGCCUCUACCCUGCUACUACAUUGGAUCACUUGACAACUGGUCUGUUUGAAGAGUUGAGCCAUUUACUCGAUCGCAAAGUGGAGAAGCUUUUAACAAAUGAUCCAAAUUUCAAUUACACCGACAUCGAUAAUAAAGUAAAGGACUUCUUUGAGUCCUGUGUGAAUUUAGUUCAGAAGAAAGAAAACCUCAAACAAGACUUAAUCCGCACUAUCGCCCAGUUUGGUGAAAUGCCUGCGCUCAGCGGAGCUAAUUGGAAUGCGGAUAAAUUCGAUUGGGUGGAGACAGUCGCAAAAAUUGCUCACAAAUAUGGCAAAGACAUCAUCAUAGGCAUGGAUAUAAUGGCUGAUUUUAAAGACAAUAGCGUCAAUAGAAUUUACAUUGGUCAAGCGGAACUGCCUUUAGAAAGUCGUGUUAUGUAUUUGGAUAAUUCAACAGCUGUGUAUAGAGAUAGUUACAAAAGUAAAAUUCGCAAAGAGCUUGAGAAAUUUUUGGGAAUAGAUACACAUUUGGCUACGAAGACUGCAAAUGAAAUUGUGGACUUCGAAGUGAAUUUAGCGCGAGGUUUAAUUGAUGACACACUCGGUCAGAGUCUAGAUGAGUUAUCCAAACUCACAACCAUUGACAACUUGCAAGCCAAAUACGGCACAGUAAUAGACAUUAAAAAGCUGAUGAAUAUAACAUUGGGAGAAAUAGUUAAAGACAAAGUAUAUGAGUAUGCUGAAUCAUAUCAGGAGAACUUGUUGAAAAUUAUUCCCUUGACACCAAAAGCAACACUAGCUAAUUAUAUUUUCUACACAUUCCUCAAUGAUUACAUGCUGGAUAUCGAUAAGUCACCAAAGAGGCAGAAGAAAACCUGCAUUGAGAAGACCAAGUCAUAUUUUGCUAAGAAUGUUGAUAAUAUGGUCUAUCGUAGAUAUAGUACUGGUAAAACUGAACGAGAUGUCGAGUAUAUGUGGGAUAAGCUAAAAGAAACAUUCAAAAACAAGUUACUUUCAGAUGACUUAACCUGGAUAUCAGAACCGACCCGUCAAUAUGCACUUGAAAAACUCGAUGCCCUUCGAAUGGAAAUUAAUUCAUACUCAGAUCAUGAUUUUACCGAAGAAUUCGGAUCAUUGGUUACUAAUAAACACGAUUAUCUAGCAAAUGUUUUUGCUUUAUUAGAGUUGGAUACUAAAAGAUCUAUCGCAAAAUUACAUGAAAAGCCAAGACCCAUAGAAGCUGGGGAAAUACUAUCCUACACGCCGGCUAAUAUCCUAAUUGAAAAUGUCAUUAAAGUACCGGUUUCGAUUCUGCAGCCUUAUAUUAUGUGGGGUGACUACUAUCCAACAGCAGUUAAAUUCGGUACUUUAGGCGCGCUGGUAGGGCACGAACUUAUACAUGCGUUCGACGACACCGGACGUCGCUUCGACAAGGACGGCAAUAGUCGCGACUGGUGGGACGAGAGAUCCACAGAGAUUUUUCUUGAUCGCACCGAGUGCUUCAGCAAUCAAUAUAGUAAAUACGAGUAUGGUGGACGCGCACUACCGAAGAGCGUAUCGCAAUCAGAAAAUAUUGCAGACAAUGGUGGUAUGCGGUUGGCAUACGAUGCGUAUCUGCGUUGGUAUGAAGAUGCAGACCGUGCUGGGGAUAACGUUGACAUGGAAACCCUACCCAAAUUUCCCUACAACUAUAAACAAUUGUUCUUCAUUAGCUUCGCACAAAUUUGGUGCAAUGAUGUCCAUCCUCAAGUCAAGCAUCUCCAAACAUCAACCGACCAGCAUGUGCCAGGCGAGUUUAGAGUAAUUGGACCUCUCUCGAACUACGGAAAAUUCGCGGAGGAAUUUAACUGCACAGAAGGCAGAAAAAUGAACCCCCUCAAUAAGUGCGAAAUAUAUUAAACAAAAAACAUUGCUAGGCUUAUGUACCUAUAUAUAGGUAUAUAGUACCUAUGUGUGUGGUUCAUUAUCAGUCAUUUAACAAAAAUCCAUACACAUACUUAUGUAUGCAUACAUCUGUAUGUAUUUAUAUAUUGUAAUUUCGCUUUAAGAAUAACAUUAGAAGUUUAACACACAAAUUUGUUUCCCUGAAAAAUAUAAUCACAAAUUUAAGAUGAUAUACAACAAUAUGCGUUAUACUUAUAAUUCGGAUAUACUUGUAUACAUACAUACUUAUUUAUAUACGUACAUAUACAUAUAUCACAAUUUAUUAAAUACAUUUUUUAGGCAUUGACUAAGGCUUGUGAGUUUUUGGCUUCAGUUUACAAGCGAUUGAGUUAAUUUUCCUGUGAAACAAAAUAUAGUAUUUAUAUGGUAAGCAUAUAAAUGUAAUCUGUUCGGAGUGAUGAAGUCGAAAUGUAUUUCCCAUAAUAUUACAAAGAAACGUGUGUCCAAAAAAAGUAGAAAGAAAAAGAACGAGCGACUAUAUUAACAGAAAGAAUAACAAUUUGGCGAAAUGCUUGGCUAAAGUACGUCCAUUUGGUAUUAUCAUACAAAUUAAGGGCCUGACAUGUAUUAGGAUUGCUGGUCAGAGCGUUGAUCAGAAUUUACCAUAUAUGUAAGUCCUUUACAUUGAAGAGAUGCCGGCUCAACUGUGACUGGUAUUAGAUGUAGACAAGUUUGAUAAUUACUAUGUAGGCUAGGUACAUACAUACAUAUGUAUACUAACAUGUAAGCCAAACUUACUUAUACUUUUAAGAUCUGUUCUUUUUUUGUUCUUUCAUUUUCGAAUUUAUUGAUAAAUAUUCACAGUCAUGUAAAAUAAUUUUUUCAAUAUAAAUUUUUUUGAAAAACUUUCCUCUUAAAA